AUGACGGAGGGGGACCUGAAAGUCUCUAGACCGAAUCUUGUAGGCGACAUAGUUGAGAAAACCGUCGUCGUAGAUAUGGGAUUCUUUCCGAAGGUGGCCGCUGGGGAUAUUUUGACAACCCGUGGUGACGUGUUUGCGAAGAAAUGUUCGAACUCUGUUGAGGAGAAUGGGAUUUCUGACGGACCGCCGUCGAAAUUAUCGUUCUCAACGACAUUAGACCAAGACAUGAUGAUCCCGUUAAGCCAAACGCCGGGCUCCAGGGGUGUAACGAACAUAAAAGACGCAAAGAGCAAAGAAGAUACCAGGAGCAAAGGAGAUACCAUGAAUCAAGGAGCUAUGGAGUACAAGGGAGCAAUGGAGAAUAAAGGAGAGGUGGAGAACAAGUGGCGUGUGGAUAAAACACAAAUCAGUGCGGGAGAUGGCAUCUGCCCAGACAUAUCAAUUGGUGAUCCAACUGGUGAUCCAACUGGUGACUUCAAAGCCAAGAACACCGUUCAAUUUGUUGUAGAUGAGAGUGAGUUGACGAAGAAGCUUGCGUGGACAAAUGAGGUGAACUACGGUGAAAAGGAUGUGUUCGAGUCUGAAAUAGGUGAAUUACGAUUUGACUUUGACGGUCAAUUGGUUUCCCCGUAUUGUAACGAUAUUGGCGUGGGUUUAAAUGGGGCUGUUAAUGGAGAUAUCUUAGGUCUCCAUAAUCACGGGGCUAUGGGUCACCUUCCGGGAUAUAGCCUGCCAGAAAUCACGACUUUAUUGUCCAGCAAGUUUGAUGCACAGGUACUGGUUGCUUUAAGGAUUUGCAAACGCGUGUUUGAGAAUCGUUAUCUGGCCAAUCAAAAGCGAUACAAAAUAAAUUAUAUAGGACUGGCUGAAGAGGUUCGACGGGAACGCAUUAGACAUCAUUCUCAAGAGGGCCAGGAGACGAUACAUGGUGAGACAUCACAUCGUGCAUCUUCUAAUUCGUAUGGGGGCGUGGAUCGAGAUUACAUGCGAUUUAAUAGACCGGAUUUGAUAGAGGAGUUAACGGACAAUUCCUCGUCCGGCUUCUCUUUUGGCUUUGGACUGAAGAGGUUCAAUGAUUACCUCUACAGAUUUUCUAUGAUUCAUGAGAAGUUGUUAUAUCUUAUAUUCAACGGAGCAACUCUUCAAAUUGUGGAUUUGGCGGUGAUCGCUCUUGCUGCGCUUAUCACGCACACAACUGUUCCGGUACUGGAAGAGAUUACUCUUAGCUACAAUCAUGCGCUGUGGUUUGCUCUUCCGAACUGCGAUAAUGAAUCCAUAGCUCGACAUUUUCUGACUAGCCGAAGAAGUGUAUUAAGACGGGAGAACUUCACCGAGCUUAUUGUCACAAAUGGACGUUCCGAUUUUAGCGAAGAAUUGAAGCUGCUAAUUAUUGGCGAGGACAGCGGCGAAAAGGAAAAAGAGGCGUCGCAAGAGAUUGAACUGGAACAUAGGCGAACAGAUCCCUUGUUGUCCAUACUCUUAUGGGGGGAGAAAGGCAUUCAUCCUGAUGUUAUUAAAAUAUUAAUAUCCAGGAUCGCUCUCUCGGUUAAUGCUGAUGUUGCGCCUGCCGGCUUGCGCUUGAUGACCGUCUUGACGAUGCAUUCAUCAUUCGCGGCCAAUCUUUUGUACCAAUAUAUUAAAGAUCACCGUGAUGCGCGCGAUCGAACGUGUGUGCGAACCUUACUGGACGGCUUAGAAGAGACUAUAUACCGGCGGGAAGUACCAACAAAUACUCAUGAUGGUGUAGUACAUGAGCAGCUAUUGGCGUUACUCGCUUUCAUAAGGGUCGCGUCGCUUGCCACGGGCUCUCCGGUGAACGACCUCCUCGUCGCAAAUGGUGACAGAAAAACAGUGGACGGCCACGUUUGGCGCCUUCUUCUCAAUUAUUUCGAGCACGAGACCAACCUUGAUGAUGCGCUCGUAUGUCUGGAUUUGGUGAAUGAUACAGAAAAUGAAAUCGAUGGAGAAUGUUCUCUGCUCUCCAUAUAUGAGCCCAUGCUCAGCUUCUUUGAUAAGGUCAUUGUCUCGCGUCGUUCGGAGCUUGACGUUCAAGGAAGAUUUAAGGUAGCUUUGGUUUUCUCCAAGCUGAUUGACUGCUGUCUCGAGCGGCGAAAGGAACGAUCUGCUUCUUUGCAUAGUCUCUUGAUGCGAUACCUGGUAUUGUAUAUACCUGUGCUAUUUCAGAGAACAUGCAACCCUGAUGAGGUGUGUUCCGUCCUACAUCUCGCUGAAUCUAUGGCAUUGGCCAGGUGUCUGCACCUCGUUAACAGCGCCCAAGACUUUUGCCGAGACACUAAGCAAGCGGCCGACACCGCGUCCGGGGCACACGAAGCGUCGAUAUAUGACGUUGACAAGCAUGGAAUGAUGUUGGAGUCUCUGAUCGAAGCUGUACAAGAAUCAGUCAAGCAGGUCCUGAGCUGGCGCUUCCAUUCAGACAAGAUUUGCCGAGAGCUGGACGACGGUGCACACGCCAUGAAUUUGAUGGACUUCAAUCCCAUCGUUGCCAUACGACCAGAUGGAGUUCCGCGAGCUCUAAUCAUGAGUUGGCAAGUUGAGAUAGUGGCACAGACAGCUCAUUUACUUGAAGUCUACGGUUCAGAGCAACUCGGCCUGCCGUUUUCUUCAAAGCUGUCCUUUGUGGAAAAGCUUCUGGGUGGUAAUUCCGUUGCAGGUCUGGCUGUGGAUAUAUCGCGGUGUAUCUAUGACUAUGCUGUUCACCUGGUCAGCUUCCCAAGGCGUCCCAGAAAGGGAAUAAACACAAGCGACUUGGAUUGCUUUGCUCUCACUAAUCCUUUAAUGGAUACGUGGGGAAGGGCCUCGGGUAUAAUGCUCAAAUAUUUGCCGGAUAAUGAGAAAUCGCGCACCGCGUAUGCCAGUUUGGCUUGCCCAUUCAAGUUGUCCACGGCGAAUGAAUUACGGAGGUCUCUUCCACCAAUCGUGGAUGACGACUGGCUAACUCACUUAGCGUUAUGCUGCGGAUUUUGCUACGAAGAAUCGACCGAUGAGGUAGACGCGCAGGUUGAUAUCACAAAGAGUUCUCUUUUGAGUACCGCAAUGAUUUUCCUGUUUGGCAAUUUGUUUGUCUCCAGCAGGCUGCAGCAUCUGGGGUCGCAGUACAGCGACUCAAUCAACGAGAUUGGUCACCGCUCAUUGAUUCGGUGCACUGAUAUCGCGGUUACCUUGAAGCUAUGUCAUGUCUGGUUGUACGAGUUUCUCGAGAUGAUGACAAAAACGGAUAUGAAUGUGAAAUGGGACCUGUUAGAGCGGCUGCACACACGUGUGCUGCAGCAUUUUGCGCCGUCGGAGUCGACCACUGAUCAGUCUCUCGCAAUUACGAGUGGUCACUCAUCAUUGAUAAGCAAGCUGAUGUUAGAAUGGAAUGACACCUACGUGCAUAACAUAAAAUCUCGAAUGGUUGAGGAGUUACAAACUGCUGUAGUGAAUGACCGCAUUUCGCCUAGACUCAGGUUAGCGUGGUUAUGGCUGUUAAACAACAGUGCCCUACAGCCUAGCAUUAAGCGAGUAUGGUUAUCCGAAAGCACUCUUAACAUUUGCCACAAAUGUUUUGGCGAGAAUUUCGGAGGUUUUGACCGUCGAUGGUUCCGAUAUGUUGCUAAUUUGAGUUGCGACGCAGAGUUGAAUCCGAUGGUGGAGAAAUGGUUGCAAACCGUAAUUAGCGCUGGCGACACCCAGAACAGCAUCGUCAGAGAUAUAGCCAUUGCCACUCGAAAACAAGGAGGGGCUAAAGCCGGCAUUGGCGGAAUGGCAGGCGCUGUAGUACAGGCGUACUACGGUAGACGCCAAUAG